AUGGCUGCGCUCCGAGGGACCCACGGAGCCCAGGUCUUGCUGAGUAAGGUCACCACCUGCUGGGCUGUCGCCGGACCAGCACGGGAGAGCUCUGCGGGUGGCCUCGUGACGCCGGCCUCCGCGCCCUGGCCCCAGCGGAGGCGGUGCGCGCGCGAAGCUGGCGGCGCGCUGAGCCCCGAGGAAGAGCUGCGGGCCGCGGUGCUGCAGCUGCGCGAGACCGUCGUGCAGCAGAAGGAGACGCUGGGCGCGCAACGCGAGGCCAUCCGCGAGCUCACCGGCAAGCUGGCGCGCUGCGAGGGGCUGGCGGGCGGCAAGGCGCAGGGCCCGGCAGCCACAGGCAAGGACACUAUGGGCGAUCUGCCGCGGGACCCUGGCCACGUCGUGGAGCAGCUCAGCCGCUCGCUGCAGACGCUCAAGGACCGCCUGGAAAGCCUCGAGCACCAGCUCCGAGUGAACGUGUCCAAUGCAGUGCUGCCCAGUGACUUUCGAGAGGUGCUCCAGCGGCGACUGGGGGAGCUGGAGAGGCAGCUCCUACGCAAAGUGGCGGAGCUGGAGGAUGAGAAGUCCCUGCUCCACAAUGAGACCUCGGCUCACCGGCAGAAGACCGAGAAUGCCCUGAAUGCUCUGCUGCAGAGGGUGACUGAGCUGGAGCGAGGCAACAGUGCUUUCAAGUCUCCCGAUGCGUUCAAAGUGUCCCUCCCCCUCCGCACAAACUACCUGUAUGGCAAGAUCAAGAAAACGCUGCCUGAACUGUACGCCUUCACCAUCUGCCUGUGGCUGCGAUCCAGCGCCUUGCCAGGCAUCGGCACCCCAUUCUCUUAUGCGGUGCCCGGGCAGGCCAACGAGAUCGUGCUGAUAGAGUGGGGUAACAACCCCAUUGAGCUGCUCAUCAACGACAAGGUUGCACAGCUGCCCCUGUUUGUCAGUGACGGCAAGUGGCACCAUAUCUGUAUCACCUGGACAACACGGGACGGCAUGUGGGAAGCUUUCCAGGAUGGGGAGAAACUCGGCACUGGGGAGAACCUGGCCCCCUGGCACCCCAUCAAGCCAGGGGGUGUGCUGAUCCUCGGGCAGGAACAGGACACCGUUGGGGGCAGGUUCGAUGCCACACAGGCAUUCGUGGGGGAGCUCAGCCAGUUCAACAUAUGGGACCGCGUCCUUCGUGCACAAGAAAUUAUCAACAUUGCCAACUGCUCCAUGAAUAUGCCUGGCAACAUCAUACCCUGGGUGGACAACAACGUCGAUGUGUUUGGAGGGGCUUCAAAGUGGCCCGUGGAGACCUGUGAGGAGCGUCUCCUUGACUUGUAGCUGCCUCCUGCUCUGUCUCGGAGGCCAGGGCUGGGCUGUUCCUGUUGGAAGUGCAAGGCCACCUCCUCCCCCAGUUAAACUGUGUACAAAGCCCCUGCCAGAAUGGGCUGGGGCCCCCAAAGCUCAUUCCCAGGUAAUCUUGAAGGCUGAGGCUCUGUGGCAGCCCUUGUCACUGGAUUCUUUGUUCCUUACCAAGAUUGUAUUGUUUUGAGGGGUGCAGAAACCCUGAGCUUGCAGGUGGGCAAAUAUCUGACUUCCUGUUGGGGGUGGGGGGAUUAAGGCCCUUGAGGCCCCGUGCAGAGCCCCUGUAAUUGCUAGCACACUGCAGCCUUGCCCACCCUCUUGGAUCCUCGAUGUCUUGUGUGCACCUUCUGUCUGUCCCCUUUAAAGGCUGUGUGGCCAUCCUGCUGGAGUAUCUGUGUCCCUUGUGUAUUGAGUAUACCCUGCUGUCCCCUGAGCACGCAGCAAAGCAGCCCCUGCCGCCCACAGAAGGGCCUUUCUUUUGGUGUUCUUUACUAUGCUGUGAGGAACUCUUCAGCUCGAGGAGGAGGGCAGGCUGCCCAGACAACGCCCUGCCUUCUCCAAGAUGGAGGGGGCGUCCGGGCCUCCAGAGGGGGCUGGGAGCUGGAACGCAGAAGGGAGUUCUGGAGAAGGGCUGUGGCAGCUGUCCCUCCCUCUCUGUCACCUCGCCCUCAGACAGAUGCUUUGAUGGACUCAUUGCUGGGAACGGCUUCUUUGAAAAGCCCCUUUUCUCCACCGGUGCCAGAAGUUCAGUUGCAACUUCUAUAGCCAUUCGGUAUGGUCAGGGGGAUUUAUUUUUUCCCAACAGAGAAGAACAGCCAUUAGCAGCCUUCCAUUUUUGAUGUCUUGCCCCACUGUGAGGAAUGUGCUAGUUUUAAUUCAUGUUGAUUCCUGUAAGCAUUUGAAUGUCUCAAGUAUUUCCCCCAGAACUUUUUCAGGAAUUGGAAGUCAUUUGGCCUGAUAUUUGCUUCGUGACUUCAGGUUGCUUAAUUUAUUGGACGGAGGUAGUAAUUUAUUUUAAGGACAAAGUGAUGAAGUGGGGAAAUUUAUAAAGCUAAAUAUUAUAUAUUUUAUUUUUCAUACAUGUUUGAAGUGCAAAUCUGUGGAAAUUCCAUUUGUAGGACCAAGUUGACAUGCCCAUCCUAACAUUGUAUGCUACAAGAACUCUUCUGAUGAUGGAAUUUUGAUUAAAGUGCACUGGACGAUGCCUCAGUAUCUGUUUGCUCCAUGUCUGGGGCUGAGGGUAGGGGGGUGGGGCUUUGCCACAGUCCGGGCAUCUGAGGCCCAUGUCUGGGGGACCCAGGAGCACUGAAGUGCUUGGAGGGGGGCAUGGUGCAGGGCUGAGCUCUUCCUUCCCCAAUGCCAGGCCCGGACUGCAGAUGUCGCACAGGCUCUGGCCAGCCUCCUGGUCUCCAGCCGGCCCCUACCUUCUCAAUCGGGAAUCAAACUUACCUAGAAGACACUCACCUCCCUGUCUCAGGCAUGACACCUGUUGGCCACCUACUCUGUGUUCUACCAUAUGUCUCAUUCACUCCUAACAACCCCCUGGAAGUGAAUCCCGAUUUACAGCUAACUGUGUGGAACAAUUAAACAGUGACUUGGAUCACACAGCUAGUUAAGGGCAGAGCUGGGGUCAAGCCCUGCCCCUGUUGUGAUUUCCCUCGCGAUCGCAUGGCUGACUGGGAGCCGUGGCUCACCACCGCUGCCCAGCGUCACCAGCGUCGUACUGCG